AUGGAUCCAGAAAUACAGUACGUCCUCGGGCUGAAAGCUGUCCGUGAACGAGCCCAUCGAGUUCUACAACUCGCAGAGGAAAAUGGCCUGAACCACUUCGAGUACCAUCCUGAUCGCCUCCAGGAUGCAGUACAAUACGUGAUAAGCAUCAUCAAACGCGACUUUGGACCAAACAAGUACCACCUCAUCCCGCCUCAUGGCCGCUGGCAACACUUUGAAGUCGGCGGUAUCAACCGCCCUGAUAAUUUGCUGAAGCAGUCGAAGAGGAACGGGGCGGACGCACUCGAGCAGACGCGUAGUUUAGUGGACUUAUUCUUCGUCUCGGUGCUGCUUGACGCGGGAGCAGGUGACAAAUGGCGGUUCACCGAGCCAGGGACAAAUAUCGUCGUUGGUCGUAGCGAGGGAACCGCAUUAGCUUCGUACAAUAUGUUCCUGAAUGGCGACUUUACGACUGCCCACAGUGAGAGAAGGGAUAUCGUUCUGGGGCAAGCCCUCAAGGACUUUGACGCUGCAACACUGCACCGCGGUUUCCAGAUAGAAGAGAAGACGAAUCCCCUUGUCGGAGCGUCGUCGCGCGUCGAGCUACUCCGAGCCCUGGGCCGGUCACUCCUCAACCUCCCAGAGAUAUUCGGUCCGGCGGGCCGCCCAGGAAACCUAGUUGACUAUCUCCUUUCCCAAUCCCCAACGCCAACAGAAAUCAACUACGAAACCCUCUGGACCACUCUACAAACCGUCCUCCUGCCCGUCUGGCCGGCAACCCGCACCCACAUCGACGGCCACCCCCUCGGCGACGCAUGGCCCCUCCAAGUCCUCGCAGACGACGCAGAGCGAACCGCUCAAAAGUCAAAAUGCGCGCACAUUCAGCCCUUCCACAAACUCACGCAGUGGCUCGCGUACUCCCUGACCGUCCCCUUCGAGCGCCUCCUCGGCGUGAAAUGGGCAAACAUGAAUCUCGGCACCGGGCUCCCCGAGUACCGCAAUGGAGGCCUGUUCGUCGACCUUGGUGUUCUAACCCUCAAGCCUGAUGCUGAAGAACGGGGACUGCAGAAUUCCGGGGCGAGACUUCCGGCGUUUGAGGCGACGUCGGAUGAGAUUGUGGAGUGGCGGGCGAUGACAGUUGCCCUCUUGGAUAAGCUGCAUGCGCGAAUUAUGGACAGCGAGGAGUUUGCUGGAGUGAGGUUGAGUCUUGCGCAGGUUUUGGAAGCUGGGAGCUGGAAGGCUGGACGGGAAUUGGCGGCUGAGAAGCGGCCGGUGACUAGAUCGAGCCCGAUUUUGAUACUGGGUGAUGGGACGCUAUUUUAG